CUGUAGCAUUAUGCUUAUCUGUACAUGCUCCACAGGAUAUAGAAGAUGGCAACCUGCAUGUAUGAGUAUAUGUUUUCUUCUUGCUCCGUUGGUUGCUUGCCUAUUUCAUACAGAUUCCGUUUUUAGGCAAGCAUUCGCCAAAAAGGCUGUUUAUUACUGCAUUGACCUGUUCUGGGGUCGGUUCGGCGGUGAUUGGAAGGCGGUAUACGCCCGGUGGAGCACUGCCCUGGGUAUUCCCGACUUGGACAAGAACGCCUGGGCGGACUCCUGCCCCAAUAAUCCUGGAUACGAUGAGCUGGGCAACCUUAUGGCCUACAACACACCGGCAUGCUUAGCUGCCCUUGGACAUCUCACACCGGAGCAAGUCCAAUUUGCCAAGUACAGGAUGUCAGAAUAUAAUCCUGUGAUGUAUGCAUGGGCCCAGUACUACGCGUACAGAGCUUCUCCACCGCCGCCUCAGGCAUCCCCGCCACCAUUGCCUGCCAACACCAGUUGCAUGGAGUUCGGUUGCCCCUGCAAUAGCAAUUGGGUGUUCGAAGGCGAGACUUACUCUUACUGUGACCGUGUGCCUGGAUACGAGACGUUAAUGUGUAUGGUGGCCGACCCUAGCAGCUGCAUCUCCUGCAGUAAGAGUCCUUGCUUGCUAAGCUGUGCCGGCACUUCGAAGCUAUGCAGGAAGCCAUCAGCGCCACGGGAACUGCUGCCGCCACCGGGGCCACCUCCACCUCCGUUUCCGCCAUCACCACCACCGAAGCCACCUCCACCUCCCCCGGAAAGUAUUCCUUCAAGCUGUAAGAUAUCGAGUCUUAAUUGCACCUGCCGCAGCAGCUGGACGAGUUUACGGCCACUACUGCUCACCAGUUUUAACUAUGGAACCAACGCUUGGUUGCGUCGUGACACCGUCCUGCCCAACCUUCUUGGAGAGCCCUUUCCAGCUUUGCGACAGAACACUGAAUGCCACCUACUGUGCCGGUACACGGGCAACGAGGCCACCACCACCACCCCGUCUGAGAUCCCCUAAGACCCCACGGCUAGCAACGACACGG